AUGCCUCCCAAGUACUCGCGCGCGUGGAGCGACGGCAUGCGCGACGCUGCGCCGGCGAGCAGCAGCAGCGGCGCCGACGCCUCCACCAGCAGCAGCAGCGGCGAGCCCAGCGCCGAGGCCUCAGCCUCCACCGCCGGCGAGGCCAGCGCUCGCCCAGCCUACGCCCGCCGUGCCGCCAGCAACACGCUCCUCGCGCCCAUCCUCACGUCGCUGCGGGCCGACGCUGCAGCCUCGUCGUCGUCGACGCGCUCGCGCGCACGCUCCAUCAGCCAGGCGGAGGGCGACGCAGCGGCGCCGCGCAGCGCUGUGCCCUCGCUGCACGACUACGACCGCGGGCCGGGCACGCCCGACUUCACGCUGGCACGCCCGGCGUCGUCGAGCUCGCGGCCGCAGCCCAGCUCGGGCGUGGAGCACAUCGGCCAAGGCAGCAGCAGGAACGACACACUCGGCAAGGCAUCAGCCCGGCCGCGCCUGACAUCGCAGCUGCGCUCCUUCUUCAGUUCCUUCACGGGCGCAUCCGCCGACGCAGAUGCAUCCUCCUCCGACUCGGCACCUCCGCCGGCGAAGCUGCGCACCAGCGGAGAGUACAGCGAGGAGCUUGGUGGUCCCGCCGCAGCCGGACGCUUUCAGGGUCUCGGCGCCUCGGCUGCGGCGCUGGCCGAUGACUCUGGCGCCUCGACGUCCCGGGCGCGCCUGCAGCCGCUGGCGAUGCCUGCCGCCCGGCAAGCUGGCCCGCAAGGCAUGCGCGGCCUCAACGACGACAGCCCGCCGCUGACACCCUCGGACGAGGAGCAUCUCGAAGCCGCCUUCGAGGGCCGCGAGAGCGAAGAGCGCCUGCGCCCGCACUACACUGCGCCGCGGCAUGCCUGGAGCAUGGCUCAGGCGGCUGCGGAUGCACAGCGCGACUCGAUGUUCACGCCGUCGGGCAGCAGCGCCACGUCUGGCCGUGCCAGCCCCAUCUUCAGCACCUACUCCGUCUCUUCGAGCGGCACUUUCUCGCCGCCGACGCGCCCCGCCUCGACGGCGCAGGCCGCACCGAAGAGCACGUCGGCGAUGAGUGGCCUGCUGCCGAGCCACAUGCUCAGCCCUCCGACGAGUCCGGCACCACCUCAGCGCACAUCGGCAGCCUCGCGCUUCGAUGCAAUCUCCGCCACGCUCAGCGUCUCGCCGCGCACGGCGCUCAGCAUGCUCACACGUCGCGUGCGCCGCGGCGUGACGGGCGUGCAGCUGCCGCCGCUGCGGCCGCACCUGCCGGCGCUGCUCUUCCUGCUGAUCUGCUUCGUCGGCUCGACGAUGUGCAUCGUCAUGCUGCUCUCCACGCUGCCCAUGGUCAUGCCGAAGCACAUCACUAGCCUCACGCUCGAUGAGAUCCGCGAGGCGUGCCUCAGCCUGCGCAACUACAGCCGCAGCUCGCGGCAAGCAGGCGCCCACACGCUCGCCGUGCUCUCGAUCUUCUUCGCCUGGAAGCAGGCCUUCACCAUUCCGGGCAGCCUCAUCAUGAACGUGGUGUUCGGCGCAAUGUACGGCACUUUCUGGGGCACGCUCUACACCUCGAUCCUGACGGCCGUCGGCGGCGUCGGCUGCUAUCUGCUGGUGGCGCCGCUUGCGCCGCUUCUCGCAGCCAUGCCCGGUAUCAGCAAGCCGCUCGCCGCGAUCCGACGAGCACUUGCACCUGCCGGACGGAGCACAGGCAUCGCUCGUCCGGCGAGCGCAGCCAGCCGCCGAGCGAGUGCACGGAGAUCACGUCUCUCGCGCCGUGGCUCGGCCCGCAGCAAAGCUGCCGCAGCGCAGGAGUCAAGCGGCAACAUCUGGUCGUACCUGCUGGUGCUCCGCGUCAUCCCCGUGGUGCCGUACGGCGUCAUGAACAUCGCCUGCUCGAUCCUGCGCGUGCCGCUGCUGCCGUACGCCGGCACGCUGGCGCUCGGCUCCGUCGCCUGGAACGGCGUCACCGCCACGGUCGGCGAGGUGCUCAUCGACACGCUGCAGGCGCUGCCCGCCUCUGUUGCCAGCACGACGCUCGGCGACGGCCUCGUGUCGGGCGGCUUCGUCGAUGCGCCGGCACCCGGCACCUCUCCGCUCGAGUCCCAGCGCCUGCAGGCGGUCGCACACAAGGCGCAGACAGGCGCGCGCGCCAUCGCCGCGCACAUCUGGAAGCCUGAGAUGCUCUUCAAGCUUGUGGUGCUCUCCACGCUCUCGCUGGCGCCGCUGGGCCUCAAAUGGUACCUCAAGCGCCGCGAGACCCAGCGUGCCGAGGCCGACGACUCGCUCGAUGAGAUGCUCGACGAGGCCGUCGAGCUGGAGCACGACUGCGACUCCGACAUCGAGAUGGACGCCGCUGCUGGCGCGGACACGGAUGCCGACACGAGCUGUGCGACGACAAUGCGCGAGACGCGCUCCUGGGGCCCUGAACGCCUCGCGGCGUGGUCCUGGGACGACGCCAAAGAGAGCGUGCUCGGGCGGAGCAGCAGCCUCGGCGGUGCGGCCGGCAUGCGACAUGCACACGCACGGCAGUCGACAGACAUGCCCUUCCUCGAUGCGCAGUCUGAGCUGCCCCUGCCGCUGUUCGAGUACGACGAGGAGUACGAGGACGCUGAGGACGAGAACCCGUACGACCUUAUCGCGCGCCUCGAGACGCGCUCGCCUGCAGCUGCCGCCGUCUCUGCCGCCUGA